CGCAGAUAGAACCGGAAAGAUGCUGCGGCUGGAAGGAAGUGGUGCGGAUUGUGUUGUUUGACGCUGUGUCCGACUUGCUUUUAUCCAGCCUCCAUCGCGCCUCUUUCUCUCCCUGACUAUAUAACCUCACAUCCGCCAUGUUCCCUUCUUGUUACUCCAAACCUGCAGACAGCGGGGGGAAGAGGAGCUCCGUUGCCAAGCUGCUGCUUGGUGUGUUCGUAGUGUACAUGCUGCACACAGCCUGGCUGCUGUAUGGCUUCCUCAACACCAAACCCUGCGAUGUAGGCGGAGGGGAUCCCUGCAUCAAUUCCUACCUGGCUGCUAAACCCAGACUGCAGAUGAGUGUGUUUACCUGCCUCGUGCCAGAUAACAGCCAGCUCACCCUCGCUGUAAAAGUAGACCCCUUUGACCCUCACUCUGCAUUUGAGAGACAGGUCAGCAUCCCUCUGCCUGAGGAGACCAGGAAUAAUGGCUCUCUGUAUGCCGUCGUUUACGUCCACAAAGCCGGAGUUUCACCCCUGGAGGACAGAAGAGAAGUCCACUACACUGCUCAUCUUACCACAUACAUAACGCCUCCACACCCCGACGGCCAGAGGGGCGCGGUGAAGAAACCAGGAUCUGAGAGUCCCACAUCUCACUGGCGACCGCACCUGCCCGUCACUUUAAUGUCAGAGGAUUUUAUCUUCAGCAAGGCGGGGCUUCCCAGUGACGUGCGGCGCUACAUGAGAGUCUCCCAGGAGGGCAGGCGGAUGGUGUAUCUGCCUCUGCUGCUGGUCAAUGAGCUCAGCUGCAGAGUCAAAGACCUCAUGGAGAUCAACAGCAGCAGCGUGCAGCUUCCUCUGACUCUGUCCUAUGAAGGAAUCUCUUUGAGGACUUUCAGGUUUUGGAUCCAUCUGCAUGAUAUAGUUUACUCCCUGAGACAAUUUGGCUUCACUGAGGAGAAUAUUGAUGAGAUUAAAGAGACUUUAAUAGGCUCCAACCUUUACCUAUUAGUGCUGACUGCACUCAUCACAUCUCUACAGCUCAUUUGUGAAUUUCUGGCUCUGAAAAAUGACAUAAGUUCCUGGAGGAAAAAAAAGAGCAUGGCAGGAAUGUCUAGGAAGUCAGUUCUAUGGCGCUGUCUCGGUACUCUGCUGGUUUUCCUUCAUCUGCUGGAGGAGACCAGCCUGCUGGUGCUCCUUCCUGUCGGGCUGGGAGCGUGUGUCGAGGUGUGGAAGGUGUUUAAAGUGUUUAAAAUCCACCUGAGCAGGAGGUUUUAUACAAACAAGCUAGAUGAAGAGGAGCGAAAGACGGUGGAGUUGGACACACAGGCCUCCAGAUACUUGUCCUACUUGGUGUAUCCUCUGUGCAUCAGCGGAGCCGUCUUCUCUUUGGGCUACUUGCGCCAGAAAAAUUACUAUUCCUGGCUGAUCAACACCCUGGUUACUGGAGUUUACGCCCUUGGCUUUUUAUCCAUGGCUCCUCAGAUCUUCAUCAACCACAAGUUAAGGUCUGUGAGCCACCUGCAGGGGGCAGUGUUGAUGUACAGGGGAGUGAACACGCUGAUCUCAGAUCUGUGCUCCUGCGCCUCCUUCUUCUCCUCUCCUGUUCCCUUCACCUCCUCACAUCAGCUGUCCUGCUUCAGAGAUGAGCUCCUCUUCCUUCUGUAUCUCUACCAGCGAAGACGUUACAGUUCAAUAGCAAAGAGAAGAGAGACUAAAAAAGUGAAGACCCAGUGAGGAGACAAAAGGAGUGUUGGAAAACACCGCAGACGGCCCAGCUCAGUAGGAAAGGGACUGAUCAAACACAGGAACCUUCCCCUCAUGGCUGCUGUGGUGGCAGACUGAUCUGAGACCAGCAGUUCUGCUUCUGAAUCUCCACUACUGUAUUAGCAGAGCUGAUGCUUUGAGUCUGUCUCUGGUUUAUCUUUUAUUUUGAAGCUGCAGACACACCAUGUAGACAGUUUUUAAUCCUUGGUUGCUUCUCAUUUCCAUCAAUAGCAUCCUUUCACUCCUGCUUUGUAUUUCUUUGCUGUGUUGUAAAAAGAUCAAGCAUUAUUUAGAAAAUCGCCUUUGGUUUUUGACUUGACUAAAAAUGAAGAAAGACCAUAAAGUGAUCUCAUCUGGAAUGUUUAAGAUGCAGGUGAAAGUGAAUUUAACAUUCUUUACCAUUUUAGAGUUUGCAUGUAUCUAGAAUAAUUUAUAUGCUUGGUCCAGCAUUUAUCUGUAGCCAUAAGCACAUCAGAACCAUCUGAAAUAAAAGAGAAACGUUCUGGAUUUAUCUAAAAGCAGCAGCUCAGAACUUUUACAACCCUUCUGUUAAGAUUGAUCCAAGUUAAUAAAGU